AUGAACUCCCGCGAGCAGUCUGAUAUGCCUCCGGCCCCAUCCUACCCUUCUCCCAACGGGGCGCAGAUGGCCCAGGGCGCUAUGCCGUAUUACAGCAACCGCCAGAUGACCACCGAUGAGCUGCUCUCCGCAGAGCUGUCGCGUGAGGCCUCUGGUCCUGGCCUGGGCGAUGGAUCAAAUAAUGGUGUUCAUCAUGGUCAAGGAAUGGUUCUCGGCUCAGGUAAUGCUGGCGACAUGGGCCGUCCUUCUAACGAGGAUCAACACCAGCACCAACACAUGCUUCAGUUCCCCCCAAGCCAGCAAGUGGGCGUGGAUCCGAAUCAUGAUUUGAGUUAUGGCGAGCAGAGUGCGCGUAAACGGUCGAAGAUUUCCAGAGCUUGUGAUGAAUGUAGGCGCAAGAAGGUACGAUGUGACGCAAGCUCGGAGACCGGCCUCGAAACGUGUUCAAACUGUCGUCGACUGGGGGUUGUCUGUCAAUUCAGUCGCGUGCCUAUGAAGCGUGGUCCUAGCAAAGGAUAUAUCAAGGAGCUUGCCGAACGCCUUCACACCCUCGAAAGUCAGAUGCAACCGGGAAUUGUGCAGUCCGAUGUUCCUUACCAGUCAAUGAACGAGGUGUCCCUCGCCCGAGGGUACCAGGACUUCACCUCACCCGUGGACCCUGGCUCUGCCAGUCGCAAGCGAACGUACUCUGUCUUCGAGGGGCUGCCCAGCUCUUCCUUCGCUCAGCCCUCAUUCAAUGGCCGCGGAUCGCAAAACGCCUUCGAUGCUCCAGAAGCAACUGCCGACCCAUACAACCCCACUGUCACCAGCGGCGGCGCGCCCAAGCCUGGCAACUUGUUCUGGAACCCUACUGGAAAUGACCAGGAUAUCCCCAACGGUCUGUCCAAUGUCCUGGAGAUGACUGAAUUGCCCAAGCAUGAAGGCGAUGAUGAUAUGGCACCUGUGCACCUCGACGAGGGCGCCUUGGAUGCGUACUACCAGAAGGUCCACCCUCUUUUGCCUAUCCUUCCGCACACUAGGGAGCGUACCUUGGAGCUGCUUCAUCAGUGCAACCGAGAGACCCAGGAAAUCUUCUGCUAUGCGCUGUACACCGUUACUCGCACUGACCUGUCGCGCGUCGCCGGCAAUUUCGAAAAGGUCACCUCCUUCGACAACGCCCAGGAUCUGCUUCUGUACCACACCCGCCAGCCUUUGAUCGUUCAUUCGACGGCGGCAAACUUGAUCUGGUUCCAGACUUUGAUCAUGAUGAUCAUUGACUGUGACACGCGUGGCCCGGACAACUUUGUCGUUAAGGACGGUCUCCCGAAGCACACUUUGGUCCAAGCCGCUAGCAAGCUUGGAUACGAUUUGGCUAAGAGCCAGGGCCAACUGAAGACCAAGCGGGUGUCCGAUGCUGAUGUUGAUUCAGAUGCCAAUCUGACGCGUCGUAACUGGGUCGCCUUUAUCAUUUUGACACGCUGGUACGCUAUCAGUGUGGCCGAUGCGACUGUCAUCGGAGAACAGGAGAUUGGUGGCCGGGAGGAUGAGCGGGUUGUCGGUCUGAUUACCACUGGAAUCGCCUCCUAUUCUACUUUCCUCUCCGAGAUGGUCACCCUGGCCACUGUGGAGCACAAUGUCUGCCAAACCACUACCGGCCUCGGUCGCAUGGUCGGCGCCCACAUGGUCGCUUCGCUCGAGCGCCUCGCGGAGAUGGAGGAUAUCUUCAACGUGCACGAGAUGCCCGAAAGCACCACCCGUCCGCUUUUCGAAAGUCUUCAAGCUCAGCUCUACUGGACUGUCCGCCUCCUGAUCAAGCGCCACGUCUUUAUCUACAGCCCCUAUGAAAUUAUUUACUGCGCCCAGGAAGUGAUCAAUGAGCUGCACAAGGCAACCCUCCAAAAUCGCCUUUCCACCCCAUUCGAUCUCCACAGCCUGGCUCUCGCCUCAAUGACUCUUCUCGAGGCAACCGUUCUGCCCGAGCACAGUGAUGAAUGCUGGGGCUCGCUCGAGAAAGUGGAAGAAAUCCUCGAACGCCGCAGCAAGCGCUCUUUGGAGGCUGCUGAGUUUGGCAAUAUCUUUGGGACGCCCGGUUGGGACGCCAAGAUCCGUGUCUUCCUCGAGUGGCGCCGCGCAAAGUCUCAGGAGUCGCUUCUUCACGAGGCUGGGGGCGCAGUCAAGGUUGGUGCCGGUUCCCAGCCGCCCGUCAUGGGCCCGAACGAGCAGCGUUCACUUCAACAUCUGGCCGAUCUGGCCGUGGGCGCCGAGGGCUCGGUUGGUCAGAACGCGUCGACGCCGCCUCCGGGGCUGUCUGCUGACCAGGGCGAGACAUCGCCAAACCUUGCGCCGCAGCUUGCACAGGCCGGUGGUGGUAGUGGCCGCGUUGUGGUGGAUUUCACUAUGCUCACCAAGGAAGGUUAUCUAAACGUGUUCUCCGGUCUUAUCUACCGCCGGACUCGUUGA